CCCAGUCAAAAAUUUAUUUAAUUUAAGGGCGUUGAACAAUAGAGAGAGAGAGUCGUUGAGUCGGUGUAUUUUGCUGACGACGCGGGAUUGCAUUGACUCUUGAAAAGUCGUCGCCGGUCUAUUAGUAUUUCUCCGUAGUAUAUCUAUAUACUGUACCAUAUAGCAGAGCAGACAUCAAUCACCGUUCACGCCGACUAGCUUGAGAGAGAAAAUGGAGAGUCUACUGAAGGAGAAGAGGGGGGGAGAAACGGUGCUGGACAUGUCGCCGCGAUCUACGCCCGGAGGCGGCGUGGAAGACGUAUACGGCGAGGAUUGCGCCACCGAGGAUCAGCUCCUUACUCCCUGGACGACUUCUGUUUCUAGUGGCUACAAUUUGUUAAGAGACCCUCGUUACAACAAAGGCCUUGCUUUCAAGGAGAAUGAAAGAGAUGCUCAUUACCUCCGAGGUCUCCUUCCUCCUGUAGUUGCUUCCCAGGAGCUUCAGGAGAAGAAGUUUAUGCAAACUAUCCGCCAAUAUGAUCUUCCCAUACACAAGUAUAUGGCUAUGAUGGAACUUGAGGAGAUGAAUGAAAGACUGUUCUACAAGCUUCUUAUUGAUCAUGUGGAUGAGCUACUACCAAUUGUCUACACCCCAACAGUUGGUGAGGCUUGCCAGAAAUAUGGAAGCAUAUUUAAGCGUCCUCAGGGUCUAUACAUCAGUUUGAAGGAAAAGGGGAAAAUUCUCGAGGUAUUGAAGAAUUGGCCAGAGAGGACAAUCCAAGUCAUUGUUGUAACUGAUGGUGAGCGAAUUUUGGGACUUGGUGACCUUGGCUGCCAGGGGAUGGGAAUACCCGUGGGGAAGUUGGCUCUUUAUACAGCACUUGGUGGAGUUAGGCCUUCAGCGUGUUUGCCUAUAACAAUUGAUGUUGGGACAAACAAUGAGCAGUUGCUGAAGGAUGAGUUCUAUAUCGGGCUUAGACAGAAGAGAGCAAUUGGACAGGAAUACUAUGACUUUCUGGACGAGUUCAUGACUGCUGUAAAGCAAAACUAUGGUGAAAAGGUUCUUGUACAGUUUGAAGAUUUUGCAAACCACAAUGCAUUUGAGCUGCUGGCCAAAUAUGGAACCACUCAUUUGGUCUUCAAUGAUGAUAUACAGGGGACAGCUUCUGUGGUGCUUGCAGGGCUUGUGGCAUCACUUAAACUACUUGGGGGUACCUUAGCUGACCACAAGUUUUUGUUCCUUGGUGCUGGAGAGGCUGGCACUGGAAUUGCAGAGCUAAUAGCUCUUGAGAUUUCAAAGAAGACAGAAGCCCCUAUUGAAGAUACUCGUAAAAGGAUAUGGCUUGUGGACUCAAAGGGGUUGAUUGUUAGUUCCCGAAAAGCAUCUCUUCAGUCCUUCAAGAAGCCUUGGGCACAUGAACAUGAACUUAUUGACAAUCUCUUAGACGCUAUCAAGGCUAUCAAGCCGACAGUGUUAAUAGGGACUUCUGGAGUCGGAAAAACAUUUACAAAAGAAGUGAUUGAAGCCAUGGGUGCAAUUAACAAGAGACCUCUUAUAUUGGCACUUUCCAACCCAACAUCACAAGCCGAAUGUACUGCUGAAGAGGCGUACAAAUGGACUGAGGGUCGUGCAGUGUUUGCAAGUGGCAGCCCGUUUCCUUCAGUAGAAUACAACGGCAAACUUAACAUACCUGGCCAGGCUAACAACUGCUAUAUUUUCCCUGGGCUGGGUUUUGGUCUGGUCAUGUCUGGUACCAUCCGCGUGCAUGAUGAUAUGCUCCUAACAGCUUCUGAGGCUUUGGCCAGCCAAGUAACUGAAGAACACUAUGCGCAAGGAAUGAUUUAUCCUCCUUUCACAAACAUCAGGAAGAUAUCUGCUCAUAUAGCUGCUAGCGUUGCAGCUAAAGCAUAUGAACUUGGUGUUGCAACUCGUCUUCCUCGACCUGCGGAUUUAGUGAAGUAUGCUGAGAGUUGCAUGUACACGCCCAUCUAUAGAAACUAUCGUUGAAUUAGGGUGCAGCUAGCAGUCGUCUCAGCUCAGAGUGAUCAAGUAAUGACACCAAAUUAUCAUGAUUCAAGUAGCGGAGAAGGUAUAGGAUUGGGGCCAAGUCAGACAAGGUCCUUGAAUUUGUUCAUUCCCCUCUAUACAUCCCCACUAAAUCGAUUCCAAUACUUCUUUUUGUUUGAUCCGUAUGUGUGUUAAAAUAGAAGGUGUCUUUCUCAUUAAAUUAAAAUAAGAAUAAAUAAGGUGCAUUUAAUUAUGGGUUAAAUGGUUAUAUAGCUUAAAUAAACAUGAUAAGACAAAUAAAUAACCUAUAUUAUGCUUUUUAAGUGCAUAACACUUUUGUGGUUAAUGUGAGGCGACGUAAUUAUAGUUCACUUGUGCAA